UUUAAUCGAGAUGUUCCCAUGCGGCUGAAGCACACCAGAGAUUCACUCAGGUAGAUUUCAGGCUCCCUGUUGUCUCUCUUCCCUUCACUUCUUUACGUUAUCAGAUCUUGUUAAGGUAUAAAGGGUAAAAUAUGGAAGAUAUUGGACUUCUUUUUGACUUCGAUCAGGAUGGUUCCACAGACUUCGCAUGUUGGGGACAGAUGGACCAGAACGUCCACUUUCAGACCCAACUGGAAUCCUUCUUGAUGGACUGCCAGGCAGCCAGCGGUCAGCUCUCCCCCUGGUCUACUUUCGGGUGUCAGUCAGUUUUCUCAGACGCACAGCUGACCCUCACCGACUUGGACGUUCAGUCACCAGGACUUGGUGUCUGUGCUGAGGGCGAAGGAUGCCCCGCAGAUGAACCUCUGGAGGCAGCCAAGAGCAGGACACGGAGGCUGGUGGUGCACCAGCCGUACAAGGUGCAGCGACAUGCCGCCAACAUCAGGGAGAGGAAGAGGAUGCUGAGCAUCAACUCUGCCUUUGAGGAGCUCCGCUGCCAUGUCCCAACGUUUCCUUAUGAGAAGCGCCUGUCUAAGAUAGACACUCUGAGGCUGGCCAUAGCCUACAUUGCCCUCCUGAGGGAAAUCCUCGUGUCGGGCUCUGACCCCAAAUCCUACGUUGAUGAGUGCAUGAAGAAUGGCUACAAGAACCAAAGCGACGCAAUCUGGAACACAAGCGAUCUGACAGCCCGUCUCUCUUGGAUAAAGUGGGAUUAGCUGGGAAUCACAGGGGUGUCCCGAGUCUGCAGACCGCAGCUACAUGUCAAACAUGGACAGGCCUGCAGGCAUGGCGCUGCCUGCUGACAGACAUCUGCAGACUUCUCACCAGGUCACACACCUCCGCCUUUAUCAGCCUUCCUCACUACUUUGUCCUGAGUAGCUUUUAAUAUUUUAAUUUACUGUUAACUGGUAACUGAGAGCCAUUGUUUCAGAAACAGGGGAAAUCAGGAGGGCUGGCACAGCACAGCUUUCCCAAACGGAUGCCAUUUGUCACAGAGAGGCAUGCUGGCAUCAAACUCAAAGACUCAUACUUCUGCACACUGAGCUCAAGUGUUUUCUGGACUCAUUUUCAUUAAGCUGCAAGUCGAUGUGUUAAAAACAGCCUUCGUCUUGUAAAUAAAAGCUUGGGUGAUGUGGGGUGAGCUUGUCAGGUGCUGUCUCCAAACAGCAGAAACAGUGGCUGGAAACUGAAUUAUGGGAAAACUCUAAUUAGCUGUUAAUUGUGUCUUAUUUGUGAUUUUCAUUAAUAUUUUUUAACAAACUGGAUUAUAAAAUUGUUUGUCAUACAAUAAUAGGGAUAUUUAUUUGUCUUAAAAUAUUUAACCAUGACUACGCCAAAACAAAUUCCUUGUAUGUCCAAAAACGUACUUGGCAAUAAAGCUUUUCUGAUUCUGA